CUCAUGUGAUUUAUCACAUGACUACAGAUCAGCCUGAAGCCACAAUGGGACUCCAAGCCGGCCUCCUAGGGCUCCUUGCUCUCGUCAUCGCCGGCAAAUGCACUUACAGCCCUGAGCCGAACCAGCGGUGGAUGCUGCCUCCAGGCUGGGUGUCCCUGGGCCGAGUGGAUCCCGAGGAAGAGCUGAGUCUCACUUUUGCGCUGAAACAGCAGAACCUGGAAAAACUCUCGGAGCUGGUGCAGGCUGUGUCGGAUCCCAGCUCUCCUCAAUAUGGAAAGUACCUAACCCUCCAGGAUGUAGCUGAGCUGGUCCAGCCAUCACCACUGACCCUCCGCACUGUCCAAAAGUGGCUCUCAGCAGCUGGAGCCCGGAACUGCCAGUCAGUGACCACCCAGGACUUUCUGACUUGUUGGCUGAGUGUCCGGCAGGCUGAGCUGCUGCUCCCCGGGGCUGAGUUUCAUCGCUAUGUAGGGGGACCUGCAAAGACCCAUGUCAUAAGGUCCCCACAUCCCUACCAGCUUCCCCAGGCCUUGGCCCCUCAUGUGGAUUUUGUGGGAGGGCUGCACCGUUUCCCCCCUUCAUCAUCUCUAAGACAACGUCCAGAACCACAAGGGGUAGAGACUGUUGGCCUGCACCUGGGAGUGACCCCCUCUGUGCUCCGUCAUCGAUACAACCUGACAGCCCGAGAUGUGGGCUCUGGCACCACCAACAAUAGCCAGGCCUGUGCCCAGUUCCUGGAACAGUACUUCCGUAACUCGGAUCUGACUGAGUUCAUGCGCCUGUUUGGUGGCAGUUUUGCACACCAUGCCUCGGUAGCAAAAGUGGUUGGAAAGCAGGGGCGAGGCCGAGCUGGGAUUGAGGCCAGUCUAGAUGUGGAAUACCUGAUGAGCGCUGGUGCCAACAUCUCCACUUGGGUCUACAGUAGCCCUGGCCGCCAUGAGGCACAGGAGCCCUUCUUACAAUGGCUCCUGCUUCUCAGCAAUGAAUCAUCCUUGCCACAUGUACACACUGUGAGUUACGGAGAUGAUGAAGACUCCCUCAGCAGCGUCUACAUCCAGAGAGUCAACACUGAGUUCAUGAAGGCUGCUGCUCGGGGCCUCACCCUCCUUUUUGCCUCAGGUGACUCUGGAGCUGGGUGUUGGUCUGUCUCCGGAAGGCACAAGUUCCGUCCUAGCUUCCCUGCUUCUAGCCCCUAUGUCACUACAGUAGGAGGAACCUCCUUCAGGAAUCCUUUCCUCAUCACAAAUGAAGUAGUUGACUUUAUCAGUGGUGGAGGCUUCAGCAAUGUUUUCCCACAGCCUUCCUACCAGGAGGAAGCAGUAGCCCAGUUCUUGAAAUCCAGCUCUCGUCUACCACCAUCUAGUUACUUCAACGCUAGUGGCCGUGCCUACCCAGAUGUUGCCGCACUUUCCGAUGGCUACUGGGUGGUCAGCAACAUGGUCCCCGUUCCGUGGGUAUCUGGAACCUCGGCCUCUACUCCAGUGUUUGGGGGAAUUUUAUCCUUGAUAAAUGAGCACAGACUCCUCAGUGGCCGUCCCCCUCUUGGCUUUCUCAACCCCAGGCUGUAUCAGCAGCAUGGGGCAGGACUCUUUGAUGUAACCCAUGGCUGCCAUGAGUCCUGUCUGAAUGAAGAAGUGGAGGGUCAGGGUUUCUGCUCUGGUCCUGGCUGGGAUCCUGUGACAGGUUGGGGAACUCCCAACUUCCCAGCCCUACUGAAGACUCUACUCAACCCUUAACCCUUCUCUGCCCUGACGAGAAAACAGAACUGAUUCCUGAACUAAAAGGGAAGGCUCAGUUUCUUGUUAUUCCUCGAUGGAAGCCCUGCUGAACUCUGUUUUCUGCUGCAGAUAGCUUCUCCCUAACCCUCAAAUGCUGUGGGCAGUACUCGACUUCCAGUCCUACUGUGUGGCAUAAAACUCAGGUCUCCAAACUUCUACUUUGAGAUCCUCAACAAGAUGCUGUAACCAGCAUAUUUUGUCUCACCCCAACCCCAUCUCUUCUUCCUCUUUCCAGCUUGAGAUGUGAAAGCAGGGUGAGAAGGUUCAGUCUUCCGUUACUGACACUAGCAGGCCCAUCCAAAGCUUACUAUCUCUGCACUGACCGUAUGCUCUGUUUCUCUUUGAGUUUGCUUUUCUGUUCACUGAGAUGAGACCUUUGGCUAACCGUUUAGUAUUUCUUGCUCUGGCACCAAAGUGCAAUGGUCUCCCUGAUGUUUUACCCAGUUACACACUUUUCAGGUUUGUUUUAUGGGCUUUCUUGUUUGUUUGAAAACAGGUUGGCAGCAAUCUAUAUAACUAGUCUAAGGAAAGUUGAAAACUUAAAAUGUUUUAAAUAUGUUCUCAUUGGCAAAAUUCCUUAACAAAAUAAAUAGGUCAUUACAAAUUUUGCUUUAAA